AUGGUCAUUCCCCCUCAACAGCAGCGUACCACCCCACCUCCAGUGAUCAACCGGGUCGUCUACACAUGCCCCGAUUGCAAUAAACAGGUCUCCUCCACCAGGAAUUUGGCACGACAUCGCCAGUCCUGUCCGGCUACUCGAAAAUUUCCACUCCCGCAGCCGCUACAAUUGCCCCAACAGCAGGCGCACUGUUCACAGCCCACCACACCAUCCGGGCUGAUCCCCUCCUCGCCGAGUAUCGCAGCGGGGGUGGUGCCAAAUAUGGCGGCCGUUUCAUCCGUCAAUCCGCAACCUGUAACGCUGUAUGUGAGGAGGGAAGAGCCCGGCUACCCGGAGUGGUGCUCCCCCCGAUCAUCAUCCGUCUCGACAGCCUCCUCAAUCAGGGAUACGGUAUCCCAUCCACCGUCUAGGGAUGAGGGCAGCGUGACGGUGGUCCACACACCAAGCCAUGAAUUGUCCUUUGCCGAUCAUCUUGAGCCUCACAUGGGCCAUCAUCACGACAUGGGAUAUUCCUAUCACUCAAAUGGGCUCUUGGACGAUAGCCAAGGAUUCCCCAUGUCGAUGGACGAUGAAAGGCCACCUUCGGAUGAGAUGGGCUCCGGGGACAGCGGCAGCGCCAGUCGAUGCAGUGAUACGAAUGGCUCCAUUGGACAGUUUCAGUGUGAGGCGUGCCAGAAAAGUGUGGCCUCCCUACGAUCACUAAAACGACAUCAUACCACCUGCAAGCCGUUCGCCCAGCAAUUUCCACAUGUUUUAGAGCAGGAAAAGGCCGAGGCCGAGGUGCGCCGCAAAAAGUACGAGGAGCAGCGGCUGAACGCCAUCGAGUCGGGCCGCAAGCGGAUCCGGAAAAAGCCCGCCGAGUCGUACAUGGAACAUCCGGGGCCGGCGUUUCCGUUUUCGGAUGAGGAAUCCCCACAAUAUCCACCUCCCCAACCGGCUCCGGAAUUUUAUGACGUGCCCCCAGGGUACCGUAAUCCGGCUGCCGGCUAUCAGCCCCAGCUUGAUCAUCUACAGGGAGCGGGUGUUGACUAUUGGUCCCCGUACGAAAAUCGCCCGAUUUAUCAAAAUCUCCAGCCCCGCCCACCCAUCCCCUAUCAACAAUUCCCGUAUGCAAAUCAGCAGCCCCAACCGAACAAUAUGCCAAUUAGGUCCCCAAACGGAUACCACCAGAUGAGACCUCAACUUCAGCAAGUCGAGCCGAGAAACGGCUUCCUCAGCCCGAUUGCCGGUCCGGCGACGAUGCAUGCUAAUGGCCACCCUAUGCAAAUGGUGAAGCCUGGAAAUAUUCAUCCCGGUUUUGUGAUGCAGCAGCAACAGAUGGGGCAACAGAUUCAAGCCGUUCAGGGGCCAAAUCAAAUGCAAAAUCCCCAGCAAAUUCAAGCUGUCCAAGCUCAUCAGCAGCUGCAGAACCAUCAGCAUCACCAAGGAGUUCAGGCACAACACCCAAUGCAGGGCCCGGCUCAAGUUCAAGCGGUUCACUCACAAAGCCAGAUGCAAGCCAACCAACAAAUUCAGGGGGCCCAUGCGCAACGGCAGAUGCAAAAUUCACAGCAAGCUCAAGCCGUCCAAGUUCCGCCACAAGUUCAACCCGUUCAACCGCAGGCCCAAGGCCAAGCCCAGGCUCAAGCUCAAGUCGCUCAGGCUCCGGUUCCGAUGCGAAACCAGCAACAAGUUCAAGCCGUCCAGGCUUCGGUUCAGCAGCAAACACAAGUUCAAGCAGUCCAGCCACAAUUGCCACAGAAUCCCGGUUCCGUUUCCGAAAACCUUGAACCGGAUGUGGAUGCCGACCGGACCGCCAGCCCUGACAGCUCCUCCAGCUCCGGCUCGAACUUGGCGAACACGACGUGCCCCGAUUGCAGUCGGCAGCUAUGCUCGACGAGUAAUUUGAAGCGCCAUCGAGCAACUUGUAAAGCUGGCGGAAAUUCCACCGACGACAUGACGCCGACGAGUGAGGCCGGCUCGCCAGCCAAGCCGAACUUCUUGGAGUGCCCGGAUCGCCGAUUUGUGCAGCGUUUCGAGCCGGGGAUCCAGAUCGUUCAGCAGGGGAUGCAGCUGGGGGCCCAGCCACUCCAACAGACACCUCCCAACGGUCACCACCUGCCUAACGUCAUCCCAGCCCAUAUCCAGCAGAACAUGCAACGGAAUAUGAGCGAGGGUGAUCUCCCUCCCCGUUCCGCCCCACCCCACAUGACGAACGGCCCGCAGUUCCCCGCCCCCAUCCAACGCUCACAUUCCACCAACAACUACCAGCACUACGUGCAGCCAUAUGUCAAUGGCCCCGCCACCGGCCACCUGGCGAUGAACGGGCACGACGUGCUGGACGUGGGCGGCGGCAAGCUCGAGGAGGAGAUGUCCGAUGGUCCCCAUGGGCCCGACUUUGAGGUGGACGAGCACUACGGGUGCGCAUUCCGCGAUCGCAUCGUCUUCUCCUCCCCCCAGUCGGCUAGAAGCGAAAACACCUACUACGUCUCGCACAUCGAUGCACCGGAAAGACAUCAGCAAACGCAAUCCCCCUCCGGCAUGCUUCUCACCACGACUUCCAUGAUGAACUCCCCAAUCCCGUCAAACUCCCAGCAGCCGUGGGGCGCACAGCUGUCACCGCAAAUUAAACGCUUCCAAGAACCCCGGAUCAUGACCGAGUUCGCCGAGGCCGACACGACUUUCAGCGAGGAUGCCGAGGACCCGAAGGACGAGCACGCCGGUCUGCUGGACAUGGGGAUGAGGCGGAUCGAUCGACGAGGUUCACAGGUCUCCCCCGGCUUUCCAAAGACCAUGGGCCAGCGGGUGGAGCCGAAGAAGACAACGCACCAAUGCAUCCACUGUCAAAAGGUGUUGUCGUCCGACUACUCCUUGAGACGACACCGUCAUACCUGCACCAAGAUCCUGGAGGCACAGCGAUCGAUCUCGGUCGAAAGUGAGGACCCGAUGAUUGGGCAGGGACCACGGCUUGGGACUGAUGCUUCGAGGCACUACUUCAAGCCCAUCCGACGACCACAAAGCACCGACGGUGGUUUGAUCCUCGAUGAGGAGACGAUUCCGGAUAGCACCACCCAACGCUCCUCCGGUUUCGAUUCGAUGGUCCACUCCCCAAGCAACAUGUCGUCCCCAUCGGAGAGUGCCUCGAAAGCGUCGCCAUUCCGCGUCGGAACUCUCGGCCCCGGUGACCCGACAUUUGUGCCAGGUUACCUUACUCAGUAUUUCAUUUUGCAGCACUGCGACAAGACCUACUCGUCGGAGUGGAAUUUGGAGCGGCAUAAGCGGGAGAGCUGCCCGCAUAAGGCGUUCCAUGGAUCGGACUCGGAUAAGGACUCAAUCGACCUCAACACCGAGGAUACCGUAAUUAUCGUCGGCCAAGUCAAGUUUGCCGUCUCGAGAACGGCCCUCUCCCGCUCGUCACCCUACUUCGCCUCCCUCUUCCAGCUCCACGAGAUGAAUGACACCGACGUUCACGUCGACGUUGACCCAAAUGAAUUCCAACUCCUCUUGGAUGCCCAUAACAAUCCGGGAUUUUUGAACGCCUCCAACAUCGACUCGGUGGCGCUGAUGGCAGAGAAGCUGAAAUUCAUGACGGUGUUUGAGACGUGUGAGAAGUAUAUAGCUGAAAAGCUGCCCCACCACUCCGUAAUGCACGCCAUCCGGCUGGCCGAACAGCUGAAGAUGAACACCAUCAAGCAGAAGCUGUUCGAAUCGAUUUCGAUUGACGUUUUUCGCUCCCUCUCCGCCGACCAGGACUAUCGCCUAAUGGGCGCCGACCUGAAGGCUGAACUCCUCGAGAAGUGGGGCACCUUCCUG